GUGGCAAAAGUGGGAGGGACAUAUUCAGUGGAGAGGAGAGGAGAGAAAUUCAAACAAGCGAACCCUAGGCUACCUUGCCCUCGGCCUAGGUGGUCGGUCUGACGGCCCAAAACAGAGUUAGCUCUCGCGCUACCAUCGUCGUUGGUUCUACCGAAUAGCGCCUGUUAGCCUGUAAUGGCAAUCGUUGAUCCCCCACCUUCUUUGGAGAUCUUAGUUAGAGAACCAGAGCAGUUUUCCCUUUGGACUGGUCCCCCUUUUAGCGAUGGUCAACCUGGUCUCAAGCUUGAAAGAGUUCCAUGCACCAGUUCUAAGUUUAGUGAAGAUGGAUCUAAACUCAUGGUGAUGAAAUCUGAUUCUGUAAUUAGCAUCUAUGAUUGCAGAAGCUCCAAAGAGAUAAGAUCCUUUGAAGUCCCAAAUGUUCUUGCAGCAACCUUGUCCCCUAAUGGGACUUACCUACAAACCUUCCAGAAAUCCUCUUCACCACAGGAAAAGAAUGUGAUCUUGCGGAAGACAGAGACUGGUGAUUCUGUUUAUGAUCUAUUUCAGAAGAACAUGAUAAAAACAACGUGGCCUUCAAUAAGAUUUAGCUCUGAUGAAGCACUUGCUUGCCGUCUAGCAACAAAUGAGAUACAAUUUUUUGAUCCUGAGGAUUUCUCAAAAGGAAUUAUAUAUCGACUUCGAAUUCCAGGAGUAGCUGCACUAGAGCUUUCUAAGACACCUGGGUCCCAUGUGGCUGCAUUUGUUCCAGAAUCUAAGGGGAUUCCCGCCAGUGUUCAGAUAUUUGCUUGUGGGAAGGACUCCCAGAAUCAACCUCUUGCUCGACGAAGUUUCUUCCGUUGUUCAACUGUGCAGCUGAGUUGGAACUAUGGCUCUACAGGGCUUCUAGUUGUGGUGCAGUCAGAUGUUGAUAAAACCAACCAGAGUUACUAUGGAGAAUCAAAACUAAACUACUUGACAACAGAUGGAACCCAUGAAGGCCUUGUGCCUCUUCGUAAAGAAGGGCCUGUACAAGAUGUUCAAUGGUCAUAUUCCGGUUCAGAAUUUGCUGUUGUUUAUGGAUUCAUGCCUUCAAAGGCCACGGUGUUUGACAAGAAGUGCAAUCCUCUACUUGAGCUUGGAACAGGCCCUUAUAAUACUAUCAGGUGGAACCCAAAAGGGAAGUUUUUAUGUUUGGCUGGCUUUGGAAACUUGCCUGGUGAUAUGGCAUUUUGGGACUACAUGGAGAAAAAGCAGCUACGGACCACAAAGGCUGAAUGCUCAGUGACAAGUGAAUGGUCUCCAGAUGGAUGCUAUUUCAUGACUGCCACCACAGCUCCAAGACUACAAGUUGACAAUGGGAUUAAAAUUUUUCACCACAAUGGAUCAUUGUACUUCAAGAAAAUGUUUGACAAGUUGUAUCAGGCUGAAUGGAAACCAGAGUCACCAGAUAAGUUUGGUGAAAUUGCAGAACUUCUGAAGUCUAUGGACUCAUUAAAGGUUGAAGAACCCAGACCACGAGGACAAGGGGUAAAGACCUCCCAGGCAUCUGCAAAAGCGACCUCUUCCAACCCGCCUGCCCAGAAACCUGCUGCAUAUCGCCCACCUCAUGCUAAGAAUGCAGCUGCCAUUCAGGCAGAGCUUUUUGGAGGAAGUCCCACGCAAGAAAUGAGCAAGAAUGCUUUGAGAAACAAGAAAAAAAGGGAGAAACAAAAGGAGAAAAAGGCUGCUGAGGCUGCCAACGCUACAUGAUUGCUCUGAAAUGGCCCUUCACUGCAUCAUAAGUGAUCAACCAGGAUACCUUACCUUGUUAUCUCGAGGCACUGGGCUUGGAUUUUAGUACAACAUGCAUUCUUGAUCGGUUCUUAACGUACUACUGUUUCUCCAGCAGGAAUUUGUCUCUUUUUUUUUAAUUAUUAUUAUUUUAUUUUUUUUGGGGGGGUGGGGGGUUUAAGUAGGAUUUUGGCCUUUUUUUUCUUUAUAAAAUUUUGAUGUGAUUGGAUGCAAAUAUAUAGGAGGUUUUCACUUGAGGUCUAAUCGUUUUAACUGAAGUUCAUAAAAGGGAUGAAGGAUGUUUUAGAAGAUGUGUAACAUUAUUAGCUUGUGGUGGUAUUAUAUUUUGACUUGGAACUGCUGGAAA